AUGAGUUCUCUGUCGUCCUAUCCAAUUCCUUCUUCUCUACAUACGAUGAACAAUCAUCAUCAUCAUAAUCAUCAUCAUAAUCAUCAUUAUGGCGGUGAUGGAACAAAUACAAAUUAUUCUGGUACAACACAUCAAUUAUCUGAAAACAGUUCUAAUGUUACAAACGAAUCUUCUUCAAGUUCAUCUUGUAUUGUUCAAUCACCCAUGGUUGAUUAUUAUAACCAACAUACAUAUAAUCAAACACCAAAUCGUACACUUCCACUUUAUUCUCAUCAAACUCAUCAUAUUUAUCAAGAUAAUACGAAUAAUAUAUAUCGAUAUAAUGUACUUCCAUCAUCAUCAUCAUCAUCAUCGUCAACAACAAACAUCGUUCCAAGUUCCUGUGGAUAUCCUUAUCAUAAUGGUUCAAAUGUAAAUUAUAACCAACAAAAUCUAAUCUCAUCGGUUUCAUCAAAUGGUUUAACGCAAUCAGAUAUGUUAAAUUCAAUUCAUCCAAUGAAUCUUGAUCUUUAUGGUUUAUCAAUGAGUCCUCCUCCGACAGCAAGUCAAUCAUCAAUUGUUCCCAAUGGUUCAUCAUCAUCCCCUCAAACAUCUUCAAUAGAUCAUCUAACAAGUACAAAUUCUUCAGAGUUAGUUCCAUUAUCAACAUCAAUUGAUUCAAUAUCAUCAUCAUCACCAUCAUUAUCAAAACAGCAGAAUCCUCCUGUAAUUUAUCCAUGGAUGCGUAAAGUUCAUAUAAAUAAUCCAGUUGUUAAUUAUACAAGUGGUGAAACCAAACGAGCUCGUACUGCUUAUACUCGCCAUCAAGUUUUAGAAUUAGAAAAAGAAUUUCAUUUUUCAAAAUAUUUAUCUCGCCGACGACGAAUCGAGAUUGCUCAUGCGCUUAAUUUGUCUGAACGACAAAUCAAAAUUUGGUUUCAAAAUCGAAGAAUGAAAUGGAAAAAAGAUCAUAAAUUACCAAAUACAAAAUCAAAAUUACCUGAUCAAUUACCAGCAGCAUCAACAUCAUCAGAUUCUUCAUCACCUCAUAUUAUUAAAAAAGAAGAACGAGAACAAGAAAUAGAUUCACUUGGUAUUUCAACAUUUAUAAAAGAAGAAUCAUUUUCUGAUGAAUCUUCGAAUUGA